AUGAAGUACUCUGUCGCUGCCGUCUCGGCCUUUGUUGCCGUCGCUCUCGCCAAGCCCGAGUUCCUCAACUCUGCCUUCCAGGUCCAGGAGGGCAAGCCCUUUACCCUCGAGUACUCUGGCUGCUCUUCUGGCUGCGAGAUUGUUCUCCAGACUGGUGCUAGCACCAACCUGAAGGACGUCAAGGUUCUUGCUUCUUCUGCCACCGGUUCCUCCACCACCGUCACCCUGGAGGACAUCCCUUCUGGCAUCUACAGCUUCAAGAUCACCGACAAGAGCGGCGAGAGCAACUACAGCCAGCAGUUCUCCUACCAGGGCAGCGGCAAGGCCGUCUCCAGCGCCUCAUCUGCCACCAGCGCUGCUGAGUCCAACACGGCUGCUCCCACCUCCGAGACCACCACCGCUGAGCCCACCAGCACCAAGGCUUCCUCCACCAAGGAGCACUCUACCACCACGCUGGUCAAGUCAACCACUGCUCACUCCACCACCGAGGAGGCCUCGAGCACCACCGCCCACUCUUCCAUUCCCCCCAAGCACAACUCCACCACGGUUGCUCCCACACACGCGGCUACAACCACCACUGGAAGACAAACCACUGCUGCUUCUACUUCCUCAAACCCCGCCAUUACCACUGUUCCUCCCGGAAGCGCCGCUGGCCGCCUCUCUUCUCCCCUCGCCCUCGUUGCCGGCGUUGCCCUCGCCAUUGCCUUCUUCUCUUAA